CAUCUACUUUUACCCCGUACAAUUAUGGGAUAGAACCUCUAAAUGGUACAAACUUUUCAACAUGGAGAGAAUCUAUAAAACUCUCACUUGGCAUGAUGGAUCUCGACCAAGCACUGAGAAUGGAUCCACCAGGUGCUCCUAAUGAUGAAAGCACUGUGGAACAGAAGCGUUCUUAUGAACAGUGGGAGAGGUCCAACCGAAUGUGCCUCAUGGUGAUUAAGAAUUCCAUAUCUGUAGCCAUUCGCGGAGCCAUUCCUGACUCUGAAAAUGCGAAGACCUACCUAGAAUAUGUGGAAGAACAAUUUAAGGGCACUUCUAAAGCACA